UUGACAUAAAUUUUGACACAAAUGACAUUUGCCAGUGGUCAGUGUCAGUACAAACUAAUGUCUUUUUUAAUAUUAUUGAAAUAAAUUUGAUAAUCCCCAUGGCGAAAAAAUACGACGGCACACAUAGAUUUAGUAAGAGUCAUAAAAAUAGUGUAAAAGCAGAUGUUAUUAUACUGGGAUGUAGCCUCCCGGGGAUUGUUACAGCUCACAAACUCAAGAGAAAAUUCGGUGACACGAUGGUGAUCGUUGUUCUAGACCUAGUCGGCCCUACGAGGACACCGUCUAAAUGUAAUGUCGCUUUUUUAGAAGAAGUCGAUGAUGAUACAACGGAAGUAGAUGGAGAGGAAACCACAGUCAAACAAGUAGUAGAUAAUGUUGCUAGGCAUUAUAUUAGUAUGUAUUCAAAAGAGUUCAAUAUACCGUUGCCAAAUGCUAUAAUAAUGCCAGAGAAUACUAAAACCAACCUGAGCAAACUAUUUCAGCACCUAAAUGGAAAUAUUGUGGAAUGUUUAAGUGAUUAUCAUGAUUUCAAUUAUCUGAGCAUCAUGGAGAGGUUUGAACUUAAUCAGUAUCAAGCACUUCUUGAUCAGACCGUAAUCGAUGUCUUUCAUAAAGAUAAAUUAGACAGUGAAGUUGACAGGAAAAUGUUAAUGUACUAUGACAAGACUACCAUGGAACAGCACAUUUGUGAUGUCUUAUUAUUUUCUACUUCAAGAGAAAUUAUGCGAACUGUUGUUGGACUAGUUUGUGGAGCACCAGCAAAUACAAUAUCUGUUCUUUUUUACCUACAUCAGUGUUACAGGACUAGCAGCGCAAGAAAUCAUUUAGACGGAGACAAUACAAGGUUCCGUGAGAAACUAUUGGGGUAUUGUAGACACCGAUUAGCUAGCAAACUACAGAAAAGUAUAGCUGAUAUUACAAUGGCUACUAAAAGUAUUAAAGAAAUUCGCACCUACUCCAAUGAACAGGUUAUUUUGGAAACGAUAAAAGGUGAAACGAAUUACGUAUGCAAUUUAUUAGCGAUGGCUUUGAGACCUGACCAGCUUCUUAAAAUUAGAUUUGACGACCAGUUAAUGUCGAAAGAACAAGCUUCUAUAACUAGCAGAAUGAGUGCUGGUCGGGCAAAAAAGUUUUUGAUUCAAUACGAGGAAAAUAUUUGGAAUGACCAAGGUUAUAGUGGCGAUAUUCUAAGCAUACAAGGUCCCAUAAUAUGGGCUAUGGAAAAGCCAAAAAUGUCUACAACUGGAAGUACUGAGAAAUAUGCGGCUAUUGUUGGUUAUUUGAUGAUAAGAGAUAGUGACGAUAAUUCCAAAGAUGCCGUGAUUGCUCAACUGGUCAAGCUAUUUGGCGAGAAAGCAGCAAAUCCUGUGAGCUACAAAGAGACGAAUAUAGCCGACGUGUUCAUUCCACGUUGUGGCGAUUAUAUUGCGCUGAGGAAAUUUACUGGAGGAACAUGCAAUGGGUUUCUAGAAUGGGGUGCUUUAGAUAUUUUUGCAGAUGGUGAUGUGGCCGCUGCGUUGGAAGCAGGUCACGCUGCGUAUUUACAUUUGUUAAGUAUAUUGCGACCACAAGCUCAAACGUACGAAGAUAUCAGCACUGCGGAGUGGCCUACGUUACUGAGGCACAGUCCUUUCGAAAGGUGGUUAGCUGAACUGAACUGCAAGUCUGGUAUACGCUUCGUUGUAUACACAGCUGCGAUUAGCAUUGGUGUGCAUUUAAUACGCACUUACUUGAGAAGGUAAAAUAAUAUUAGAAAAAGAAGCGAUUAAUUUAAAAGAUUUUUUAAUACAGUUUAUAUUUUUUUUAUAGAAUAUUAUUUAUUUAUUGAGAAAUAAUUUUGUGUUUUCCUUUAGUUCAAAUCAAUAAAGAUGACUCCUUUUCAAUUAUAUUUUUGUAUAAAUUACCUAUAUAUGUUUGAGGAUAAUAUUGUUGA